AAACACUCUCAUUCACUUACAGUCCACAAAUGGCUCUUGAAAUCUGUGCGAAGGCUGCCGCUGGUGCUCCUGAUAUUCUUGGAGACUGCCCAUUCACUCAAAGGGUUCUGCUAACGUUGGAGGAAAAGAAAGUUCCUUUCAAGGCACACUACAUCAACACCAGCGACAAACCCCAAUGGUUUUUGGAGGCAAACCCAGAAGGGAAGGUGCCAGUGAUGAAGUUUGAUGAUAAAUGGGUGCCUGACUCUGAUGUGAUUGUUGGAAUUCUUGAGGAGAAGUACCCUGAGCCUCCUCUCGCUACUCCUCCUGAAUUUGCCUCUGUGUAA